AUGGAAGCACAAGCUUCUCCAAGCUGGUCAAAGGAGCCUCCUCCCUCGCCAGCUGCCUCCUGCACCGACACUUCAAUCAGUUCCAUUGAGGGUCAGUUCGGGGCAAUUUGGGACAGGGGAUCUCUAGUGGCCAUCAACCCAAGAGACAGAGAAAAGUAUGCUGCUCUCAUGAUUUCUCUCAUGCCAGACUGCAGAUACCUUUUGGACACUUUGUUGUACAAUCCUGAAUUAUAUAAAGGUCCUCCCUUUUUAGUGCCGGAUGAGCAAGUCGCCAGCCUGUUUGGGACCGGCUGUGAUGUGGACGCGCUGCAUUCGUACGAUGCCUUCACAGACAGACAGCGAGCCUGGAACCUGGACUACCUGACUGAAAAUGUUCACCUCAUCACUCUCAAGAGCAUUUAG